CUCGUUUUGACAGGUCGGAGUUGCACGGCAAAAAAAAAGGAACGGGUUGCUGCUGCUGCUGCUGCUGCUGCUUUGCGCGCCAGCUCACCGUGCUGAUUUGUAUGCGUGUGCGUGUGCCGUGCGUGACACGCUGCUGCUCGUGCUAGCCCGCCCCUUGCGGCAGGUUUGUGGAUGUACACAACGCCAGAAGAAGAAGGGAGGCUUCACCAGCUCCGCUAGCGAACGACGACGACGAUCAUCCCCCUCCCCCCGGACGCGUCGCCGGAAGCGGUACGCGGGGAUCCAGUCGACGGCUCGGUGCCGUCUCCACGGCACAGAUGGACGCGAGCGGGAAGGGUGCCGCGGGCUUCGAGGGCAAGCUGUUCGUGCAGACGAUCGACGCGCGCGAUGAGAACGAGGAGAAGUACAUGCGGGCGUACCGCGCGUUCGAGGAGACGACGGCCGGGCUGAGCGAUAAGGACUUUCACGAUCUGCUCUCCUCGCUGGUGAGCAAGGAGAAGCAGCAUGAGGAGAUUUCGCUAGCGCUCGUCUACAUCAUACUGACCGACCCGAGCAGUGCGCCGAAAACGUACCGCGACCUGACGCUGCUGACCCGGGACGGGCUCGGGUUCGUAACGGCCAAUCUCGCGAUGCUGGUGGCGGAGAAGUACCACAAGCUGACGGACGUCGGGCGCAAACAGUUGCUGUGGUUGCUGCGCGAGCUGAUCAAGAACCAGGUGCUGAACGUGGACAAUCUGGCGUGGAACAUUCUGCGGCAGGCGAGCGGCGGUGACAUCAGUCCGAAAAACGUUGCCCUGAUCGAGGGGCUGCUGGACAUUUUCACCGAGCAUCGGGCGUGGCUGGAGAAGGACCAGUUCCUGGUCGGUACGGUGGCGUACACGUUCGUGCGGCUGAUCGAGGACCACUUCGGGCCGCAGUUUGUGCAUCUGCGGAAUCGGGAGGUGAAGUUUGUAAUCUCGCUGAUACGGGACCGGUUCAUGGACAUCAUUCCGCUCGGGCGGGAGUUUGUGCGGUUGCUGCAGAACGUCGGCCGGAUACCGGAGUUCGACCAGCUGUGGAAGGACAUGCUGUACAACCCGAAGUCGCUCUGCCCAACAUUCAACGGCGUGUGGCAGCUGCUGCAAACGCGAACGAGUCGGCGGUUUCUGCGCGGCCGCCUGACGCCGGACAUCGAGCGCAAGAUCCACUUUCUCACCAGCAACGUCAAGUUCGGCAAUCAAAAGCGCUACCAGGACUGGUUUCAGGAGCGGUACUUCAACACGCCCGAGUCGCAGAGCCUGCGGUGCGAUCUGAUCCGGUUUAUCAUCAGCGCCAUCCACCCGACGAACGACAUGCUCUGCUCGGACAUCAUACCGCGCUGGGCGAUCAUUGGCUGGCUGCUGACGUCGUGCACGAACGCGGUCACGCUGGCGAACGCGAAGCUGGCCCUCUUCUACGACUGGCUGUUCUUCGACCCGGCCAAGGACAACAUCAUGAACGUGGAGCCGGGCAUACUGGUGAUGUACCACUCGAUCAAGAACCAUCCGCUCGUGAGCUGCACCCUGCUCGACUUUCUCUGCCGCAUCAUGAAAAACUUCUACCCGAAGUGGGAGGAUCGCAUCCGGACCGGGAUCUACAACUCGCUGCGCAAAAUUCUCGAGAUGAAGGUGAUACCGAAUCUGGUGCCGUUGUUUGAAUCGCCCAAGCUGGACCGCGAGCUGAAGGGAAUGUUGCGCGAAACGUUCCGCGAGUUUUGCGUACCGCCGAACAGCAUGUACAUGCAUCCCGGACCGCCCCAGCCCGGCAUGGAGACGCCGAUGAUGAUGCACUAUCCGGGACCCGGUGGUGGUGAGCAAGUCGAUCAGCAUCCGCCUCAUCUAAUGCAUCCGUCAAUGAUCCACACGACGGUACAUCCUGGCCAGACCGAUAUCACCCAGCUGAAUCGAAUGGAUCCCUCUCGGAAAGCACAUGACAGUGGUGGAGGAGGAGGCGGAGGUGGUGGAGGCGGUGGAGGCGGACAAGUUGGAAUGGGGCCAGGAUGGCUCGCCUUACGCGGACCGAUGGCUGCUGGUGUCGGUACAAUGCCCGUGACACAGGGCGCACGUGGAGGUCCUCCCGGAGGACCUGGAAUGAUGCUCGCCGGUGGUGGUGGUGGUGGUGCUGCUGUCGCGAGUGGUGCUCCUUUCAGUGGCGGAGGCAUGGCGGGCCCUGGCGCCGGUACCCCUUUCAUCAAACCAGAACCUCCCCGAACAGACAGUGCUGCGAAGGCAGCAUCGACAGCGGCCUCAGCGGAUGAUCCCAAAUUCAGCGACGAUGAAGACGAUGCAACCACAAAACCCGCAACGACGACGACGACGACAACAACAAAGACGGAGGACGUGUCGGAUGAUGACGAUCUGCCGCUAGCCAAGGUACGCCUGCUGGAGAAGCCGGCCAUCGCGAAGGUAGCCCUGCCGGACACGCUGAACGGCCACCUGGAAGAGUUUCUGCGGGAGAAGAGCGUGAAAACGUUCGAGCCGCUGCUGCAGUGCCUGGGCAGCUGCGGGAAGGCCGCGCUCAACCAGGAGCAGGAAAACUACCUCACCGAGAGUGUGAUAUCGGUCAUUAAGCAGACACUGCCCGACAAGAGCUACUUCCCGGCGUCGAAGACGGACGACAACCUGUCGGAGAGCAUCAACUAUCCGCUGUUUGCGGCGUACCGGUUGCUCUAUCAGCAGGAGGACUCGUGCAAGAAGCGCGUGAUGGCGCUGCUGGUCGCGAUCGUGACGCGCGUCAGCGUGGCCGGCUACAUGCUGCUGUACUUCCUGAAGGUGCACGGGAAGCUGCAGGGCCGGCGGAAGGAGACGGCCGGCGGCAGCACCGCGUUCAAGGCGUCCGUGUACGGUGUGCUGUGCGAUGCGCUCGACUCGGUCGACUCGGUGGACGAGUGCAUCGAGAAGGAUCUCAACCUGCUCGAGAAGCACAACACGCAGAUGUUCCUGUGGAUCCUGCCGGACAUGUACCGGGAGUUCAAGCAAACCAUGCUCAACAACACGACCGUGCUGCGGCUGCUGGUGGGCUGCAUCGACGCGAACAACCUGGGCGACAUCAUCUACAGCAUCACGCAGGGCAAGCUGAUCCUGUUCGACGAGGACGGCAUCGUCGAGAUACUGCGCAAAAGCCUCGAGUACGAAACGUUCGAGCAGGUGUGCAUCUGGCAGCUGGUGCAGGCGCACGACAUCCCGCUCGAAACGUUCCAGGAGAUCAUCCCCGAGCUGGAGUCGGGCGCGCACGCGGAAGCGCUCACCGCGAUCCUGCUGCUGCUGCGCGCGGAAAAGCCCACCACCGAGCUGGUCCGGUUGCUGCUGAGCCGCGAGACGGAAUCGAAGCACCGGGGCGACCCGUUCGUCACCUCCGUCCUGCGCUACUGGUGCCAGGAGUUUGAGGAGAAGCUGUCCGAGCUGAUCGCCGCCCUGCUCACCUCGAAGUACCCCUCCAACUCGCCGAACAAGCGCAAGCGGCCGUCGAAGAGUGCGCAGCAAAACACGGCCCCCACCUCGGAGCAGCUGCUGAACCAUCUCGAGCACUUCCGGCGCAGCUGCCGGCACGGGAACGGAACCGGCACCGGGCUGUUCGUGCAGAACGACAUGCAGCGCGCCCUGCAGCAAGCGUUCACCCACAGCUCGGAGAGCCAGCGGAAGCAGUUCAGCGAUCUGUUCGCGCUCGCCGCCGAAGACGAAACGUCCACGACGGUGGGCCGAAGGGGCACGAGCAGCCGGGGCCGGAAGGCGCCCUCGAACAAGAAGGAAACGGCGGCCGAGAAGGCGGCAGCGGCGGCCGCCGCGGCCCACGCCAACAACAGCAAGAAGGCGGCGGAAGCGUCCGCCAAGUUCAGCGACGACUCGAGCGACGAAGACUGGUCCAAGCAGAAAGCCUCGAAGCGAAGGAAAACGCUCAGCGAUUCCGAUUGACACCGUUCGCCGGUGGAACUGCUGGUUCGGCGCCGGAUGGUGUGGCGGGCGACGCGGAAGGUAGUUGUGUACAGUUUGCUGCGGUUUGCGGCCUAUUGCCAAUAAUGCCAUUCGAUGGACACAGAACCGCGUGAAUGGGGCGGCACCAAGCGAUCAGUACUUUGGUUUUGUAAGGCCACCAGGGGGUUAGGGGGAGGGGGGGAGCGGGAAGAGCAAAACGUUAACCGAUCCGCGAUCUGUUAUGUGAGUGUUGGGAGUGUGGCAGAGAGUCCAGAUCGCAUCCACGUGCGCACGCACGCACACAAAUGUAUCGCUUGUCCCACUUUUUUGGGCGCUUCCCGUGUUUGGUUUGCCCCGUUUGUUGUGGUAGAGCAUGUUUUAUUAUUUUUUUGCUAUCCCACCGCUUGGGAGAGACCGUUUUUGUGCCUGUUUUUGCUUUUAAACAUCCCGAUCGUCGGUUUUUGGGGGUUAUUAGACAACAAGAAGAUCGGCUUUUAUCCAUCUUCUCAAUCCAGAAAACUAAAAUCAAGGCCCCCGCUAUUUUAGGACACGUUCGUUUGCCAUGCUAAAUGAACGUUUGUCGGCAGAUGUAAAUGUAGGUAAAUCAGUGAGUUGCAAUAUGGUACAAUAUCGUUCUAGAUAGACAUCUCGCCGCGGCCAUUCCGUCGUGUGAUAUUGUCAACGUUUGUGCGUGAGUUGGGCACAUGUGUUAAUGUAUUUUUUUAAUUGUGCAUAGUUUUCUUGCUCCAGAUUUUAACGGGCCUGACCUGCCUGACAUACACACCAACCCUUCUCCCCCAGUCGGUCGGUGUUGUAUUUAUGCUCUACCCAUAAAGCGGGGCGGGGGGAGCGAAAAGAUGCGAACUUUAUCGCAACUCUUACAACGUUCAAAGAAGCUAACCGUGUCGUGAAACACAUCACACUGUACAAUAAUUGAAAAGGGAGAUAGGAAAGGAAGUGCGAAAUAGGUUGGGCGACGUCGUCGUGGUGUGCGUGCGUGAAGAUAAAAGCGCGAUCGCGCGAUACUCAUUCAAAUGGAUCGUCAUCGUCAUCGGGAUUGUGGGAAGGAUAGGUUACUACAGGUGGAUUCUUCUGCCGCGUGUGUCGCAUAAUCAAAAGCCGGGACUAAAGGAAGGUCUUUUGCCGAGUGAGGCCCCAUCGGCGGUUGAAGCCAGGAUCGCGGGAGAACGGAUCAUCCAAAAGCACACAGCCGUUAGGUUAGGUGGGUAGAUGGUCGUUAGGGGGGAAAAGGGAGAUACAGACAGAGAGAGAAAAAAGAGGAAAAAGUUAGAGCACUGCUACAAAAGAAUAUACACACUUAGAAAUUGCGUAAAAUAUGUAAUAGUAUUUCUAAAAAAAAUGUUUAUAGAUUAAAUAAAGCGAACAUUGAUGUAAAGCA